AUGUCGCUCUUCUUCUUCCGGUUGCACAAUCUCCAGCGCGAGGAGGCCAACAAGAAGCGCAAAAAGCAGCAACAGCAGCAGCAGCAGCGCCAACGGCAGCGGCGCGGUGCCAAAGUCUUCCGGGGUGCGUCCUGCAACGCAGGACUCAGCCACCUGACGCUCGGGCCGUCGCGGCUCUUCGAGAAGACCCCCAUGAGCCCGUCCGACAGUCUCGACGAGAUCGCGCUCCAGAUCCCAAGAGUACGGGUAGAAUAUUAUGUAAAUGAAAACACAUUCAAAGAAAGACUGCAACUAUAUUUUAUAAAGAAUCAAAGAUCAAGUUUAAGGAUACGUAUCGCUAAUUUAUUCUUUAAGUUGCUCACCUGCGUUCUGUACAUAUUUCGGGUGGUGACGGAUCUGAACCCAACGUUCGCGACGUGUUACGGCUGUAAGGUUGGCAACAAGACGGAGUUUCUGUGGUCGGCGACGCGAACCGAGGAAGCGUUCCAGGAGGACCCCAUUAUCAACUGGGACGCCAUCCUGUGGGUGAACCGACCGAACGAGCUGUGGGCGGUGCAGCUGGUCCUGGCCCUCAUAUCGCUCACCGAAGCGCUGCUGAUGGCGUACCUCGGCUACAAGGGCAAUAUAUGGCAGCAAAUUUUAUCGUUUCAUUUUAUCCUGGAACUCGUUACAACGAUCCCGUUCGCCGUGACGAUUUUAUGGCCCCCGUUCAGGAACUUAUUCAUUCCGGUGUUCCUGAACUGCUGGCUGGCGAAGCGAUCGCUCGAGAACAUGUUUAAUGACCUUCACCGGGCGAUGCAAAAGUCACAGUCAGCCCUGUCCCAACAGCUGACGAUCCUGUCGGCGACCCUACUCUGUCUGGUGUUCACGAGCGUCUGCGGGAUACAGCACUUUCAGCGGGCUGGCCACCGGCACCUGAACCUGUUCCAGAGCACCUACUACGUGGUGGUGACGUUCUCGACCGUCGGCUACGGGGACUUUGUGCCGGACAUCUGGCCUUCGCAGCUGUUCAUGGUCAUCAUGAUAUGCGUAGCGCUGAUCGUGCUUCCGACUCAGUUCGAGCAGCUGGCGUUCACGUGGAUGGAACGGCAGAAGCUGGGCGGAAGCUACUCGUCGCAUCGGGCCCAAAGCGAGAAGCACGUCGUCGUCUGCUCGACCACGCUGCACGCCGACACCAUCAUGGACUUCCUGAACGAGUUCUACGCCCAUCCGCUGCUGCAGGACUACUACGUGGUGCUGCUCAGCCCGAUGGAGCUCGACACCACCAUGCGUAUGAUCCUCCAAGUGCCAAUCUGGGCCCAGCGCGUCAUCUACAUCCAGGGCUCCUGUCUCAAGGAUGGCGACCUCGCCCGGGCACGCAUGGCCGAGGCGGAAGCGUGCUUCAUCCUGGCGGCACGCAGCUACGCCGACAAAACGGCCGCGGACGAGCACGCGAUCCUGCGCUCGUGGGCGGUCAAGGACUUUGCGCCCAACAUUCCCCAGUAUGUACAAAUUUUCCGGCCCGAGAACAAGCUGCACGUCAAGUUUGCCGAGCACGUCGUCUGCGAGGACGAGUUCAAAUAUGCACUGCUCGCCAACAACUGCACAUGCCCGGGAGCGAGUACGCUCGUCACGCUGCUGCUGCACACGUCACGGGGACAGGAGGGCCAACAGUCGGCCGAGGAGUGGCACCGGCUGUACGGUAAGUGCUCCGGCAACGAGAUCUACCACAUCGUGCUCGGCGACAGCCGGUUCUUCGGGGAGUACGAGGGCAAAAGUUUCACCUACGCCAGCUUUCACUCGCACCGCAAGUACGGUGUGGCGCUGGUCGGUGUGCGGCCCGCGGAGCUGCCCGAGUUCUACGAGGAAACGAUCCUGCUCAAUCCGGGACCGCGCCAUAUCAUGAAGAAGGACGACACCUGCUACUACAUGAGCAUCACCAAGGAGGAGAACUCGGCGUUCGUGGUGAACCAGAACCAAAACCAGAGCCCCGACCAGCCCCCGAAGGAAGUAACCUCAAACAACAACAACAACAUCAGUAACAACAACAACAACAACCACAACAUCAACACCAUCACCGGCGGCGGGGGCGGCCGCGGCGGGCCGCCCAUGGCCCCAGUGCCUUCGGUCUGUGUGCGCGUGCCGCACAGCCCCAGUCUCAAUUCGGCCAACUCAGACAGCCCCGGCUCUCUGCGCAGUUACUGCAGGCCCACGCCCGUAGUGAGGGACAGUAGUGACAUUACGACACUGGCCGUGCCCGCCACGUACACGGAGAGCCUCGCGGCCGGUGCCGCCGGCGGUGGCACCAAUAUGGCGGCCACGGCCCUCACCAGUGCCAUCACGAUCUCGGACUCCCGGCCCAGCCUGAAGGAGACCGCGGCGUCCGUUUCGGUGGCGGGCCACAUGGCGGGCGGGGCCACGACGACGACAACCGCCACAACGACCACGCAAUCAUCGCUCGGUCCGCCCGCCAUCUCGUCAGCCAACCAUCUCGAGAUACCGAGCGGCAACAACCCGAACCUGCUCAGCCCGGACAUACUCAACCAGCGGCGAGGGAGUCGCCGACCGUCGAUUCUGCCCGUGCCGGACAUGUUCACGUCAUCAUCGUUCAGCAUUUCCGGCGAGGACGGUAUCGAUGGGGAGGACAACGAGAGCGACGACGAGCUCGACGACGACGUGCCUUGGCGGUCCCCGUCCGAGAAGAUUGCCGCCGGAAGUGCAGACCUUUCUCUGCUGCAAACGGUUUCGCUCGUUCUGAGCUCAUCCGGCGAAUCCAAAUGUUGUAGUUCGACAUCCGAAUCCAAAGACUCGACUCAUACACCCCCUGCAUGGCAUACUGAUUGUUCGCGGAUCGUGAAAGGCUUCCCACCCGUCUCCCCGUUCAUCGGUGUCAGCCCCACGCUUUGUUUCCUGCUGAAGGAGAAAAAGCCGCUGUGUUGCUUACAACUUGCUCAAGUCUGUGAACACUGUAGUUAUAGGAACGCGAAAGAGUACCAAUGGCAGAACAAGACCAUCAUCCUGGCCGCCGACUACGCGUCGAACGGAAUCUACAAUUUUAUCAUCCCACUGCGAGCUCACUUCCGAUCGAAAACAUCGCUCAAUCCGAUCAUCCUGCUGUUGGAGCGAAGGCCUGACAUUGCCUUUCUGGACGCAAUAUCCUACUUCCCAUUGGUUUACUGGAUGCUAGGGUCAAUCGACUGCCUCGAUGAUCUGCUCCGGGCCGGAAUUACGCUGGCCGAAAACGUGGUCGUAGUGAACAAGGAACUGUCGAACUCGGCCGAAGAGGACACUCUGGCCGACUGCAACACCAUAGUGGCCGUGCAGACCAUGUUCAAGUUUUUCCCUAGCAUCAGAAGCAUCACCGAGCUGUCGCAGAGCUCCAACAUGAGGUUCAUGCAGUUCCGAGCGCACGAUAAAUACGCACUGCACCUGAGCAAAAUGGAGAAGCGGGAGAAAGAGCGUGGCUCACACAUAUCAUACAUGUUUCGUCUACCGUUUGCCGCGGGGAAUGUGUUCAGUGCCUCGAUGCUGGACACGCUGCUCUAUCAGGCGUUCGUGAAGGAUUAUGUGAUUACCUUCGUUCGGUUGCUGCUCGGCAUCGAUCAGGCACCGGGAAGCGGUUUUCUCACGUCGAUGAAAAUCACCAAGGACGACAUGUGGAUCCGUACGUACGGUCGGCUGUACCAGAAGCUGUGCUCCACGACCUGCGAAAUUCCGAUCGGUAUCUAUCGCACCCAGGACACGUCCAGUGCGGACGCAUCACAUGUGAGUAGUUCGCCAGUCGCCGAAAAAUGGCGUCCGUUUGGAUCUUUCGGGAUUAAACAUUGUGUGCGGUUGCGACCAUCGCGAAGACUUUGCCACGCAAGCAACGCCACACAGCCGACGAAAUACGAGGAGGAAGUGGUUACGACCACCGCCACCGCUAGCAGCACCUCGGCCAGUGGCGCACCGAUCAAGGGCGUCGCGGAAGCGAACCUCCGGGGUGUUACCUAUCGUCCACCGCCGGCGACGGUUCGCAAGUCGUCGUCCUGUCUGGGUGGAUGCACCGCCCGUAAAGGAUCGAGCUAUUCGAUCAAUAUGGCCGACGAAGCGCGGGAUAAUCAUGUGCAGCAAAUCGAACGGGCCGAGAUCGCCAAUCUGGUGCGCAGCCGAAUGGAGUCGCUCAACCUGCCCAGCAUCGACUAUGACGAUGUGAGCGAAAAGCGCAACCACCUCUCGUACGUCAUCAUCAAUCCGUCGUGCGAUCUGAAGCUCGAAGAGGGUGACAUUAUCUACCUGGUACGACCUUCACCGUUCUCGGCCCAGAAAACGUUCGAGCGGCACAACUCGCGGCGCAAGUCCAACAUAUCAUUCUGCUCCAACAUCAACCUGGCGGCGGCGGCGGCGGCGGCCGGCUCCCGGCGCGGCUCUGGCAUCGGCCUGAACACCAUCGGUGGACCGCAGGCGAUGUCAGGUUACGUAACGCCCCGGCCGCCCCCGCUCGUCACAACAAAAUCGAAUUCUCUAUCUCUUCCAGAUAGUCCUAAUGCAAUGGGACAGAUGCGGGGAAGGAGCAACUCCUUGAGGAUCGACAGCGACAUUCUGCUGAGGCGCUCCAACUCACUGCGGCAAGGACUACCGCACAUCGGAGCGGCUGGUGGACGACGAAAAUCAUCACUGGAGGAGAUCGGCAUCAGCCACUUUGCGACGCUGAUGCAGGCGACGAACCACACGAACCCGAUCAAGAUUGCACUGAACGGCAGCAUCGGACUGGAGGUAACACCACCGGAGGAACCACUACCGAUCAUCGGGGUGCCGUGCAUGGGCGGUGGCAUCAAUCCGUCCGCGCUCGGUGGCCCCGGCUCGGUGCUCGGCGGAUCGACGCUCGGUGGCUCCACGCUCGGCCUAAGCAAUGCACUCGAGUCCAGCGGCAAUAACAGCGUCUCGACGCCCAACAUCCAGAUGCAGAACGAUUCCCCGUCGGGGUCGGCGUCACAGCAGCAGCAACAGCAGCAGCAGCAGCAGCAACCGCAUCACCUGCACGGAACGAUAGUAUGA